GCAUGAAGUACACCUAGUUUCAGUUACGGAUUACAUAACCAACCAAACUUGUUUGACCUGUUUGACCACGUUCGGUGAGGAUAGACUAGAGCUCUCCUGGUUGUGAAAGCCAAGGAUAGACUAGAGCUCUCCUGGUUGUGAAAGCCAGUUGUCACACUAUUCGGCUCACCUUGGAAUUUGACGCAGACUUUAUUUAGAUGCAUAUUAUUCUUACUAUUUUCGGGGCAUUUAACAAUCAUGUCUGCUUUUAAAAUGUAUGUAGUCGCACUGUUGCUCCUUUUUGCGACACUUUCGACGGAGGACACUGUGGAGACAUGGUCGCUGAAUUACAUCUACACUGCCCUGUCAAAGCCAGUAGAGUUGCCUGGUAUCCAUGAAUUCACUGCCAUGGGUCUGAUGAAUGACAAACAGAUUGAUUACUAUGACAGUGUGGCAAAGAAGAAGAUUCCCAAACAGGACUGGAUGAGGGAGAAGCUGCCAGCAGACUACUGGGAAAAAGGAACUCAGUCACGCAAGAGCAAGGAGCAGUGGUUCAAAGUUAAUGUCGACAUCUUGAUGAAUCGCAUGAGGCACAACAACACUGAUCUCCAUAUUCUUCAGUGGAAACAUGGCUGUGAGAUUGACCAACAGCGUGACGGCACAGUGAAAUUCAUAAAGGGCAUCGACCAAUACAGCUACGAUGGUGACGACUUCCUGGCCUUUGAUGAUGUCACUAUGCAGUGGGUGGCCCCAGUUGAUCAAGCUCUGCCGACUAAGAGGAAGUGGGACGGGGUGCAGAUCCUCAACCAGUACACCAAGGGCUACCUGGAGAAGGAGUGUGUGGACUGGCUGUCCACAUUCAUGGAAUAUGGGAAGAAGCAUUUGAGAAUGGAUGAUUCUGCUCCAAAGGUCUAUGCAUUUGCUAAAAAAGCCAAAACUGCAGGACAUGUCCGACUGACCUGCAUGGCCACAGGUUUCUAUCCCAAAGAUGUGGUUAUGCAUAUUAAGAAGAACGGUGUUCCAUUGACCGACCGUGAUGGAGUGCAGUCUGCAGGACUCCUACCCAAUGAUGAUGAGACCUACCAGAUCAGGAUGAGUGUGCAGAUCCCAGAGGCAGACAAGGAAACGUAUGAAUGUUAUGUCAACCAUAGAACAUUGAAGGAGCCAAUUGUGGAAAAAUGGGAUGGGAAAUGCUGUGAUUGUAACCAAGUAACAGGUGUUAUCAUUGCUGUUGUUGCGGUGGUCCUCCUGUUCAUCGUGGUUACCCCACUGUUGGUUCUUUGGAAGAAAGGCAAAAUAUUUGCUGGUAAAAAAGGAGCUCCACCACCUACUGAGAUCCAGGAACCUCUAAAUGUGAAAAAGGAUGACGCUAGCAGCACUGACUCUGGUCAAGGCAGCAAUGAACGUCUAGACACUGAGGCAACGCUGACAACUGGAGUGACAGAGGAUGACACUAGCAUCAUUGACUCUGACUCUGGUCAAGGCAGCAAUGAACGUCUAGAGACUGAGCCAAUGUUGACAAAUGGAGUGAAAAAGGAUGACGCUAGCAGCACUGACUCUGGUCAAGGCAGCAAUGAAUAUCUAGAGACUGAGCCAAUGAUGACAACUGGAGCCGUUGGGGAGUGACUGACAACUCAUCUAAAUCUAGCAAACAACAUGUGAUUCUGUUUUGUCAACAAAUUCUGUCAAUCUGGAUGUGUACAUUCCCAAGAAUUGACCGUUUUGAUCGGCUUGGAUAUGAAUACUUAUUAAUGAACGUUUUGAUCUUUUGAAUAUCAUAGUAGAAUUCCUUUUCAACAAAUUGAUUUGUAAAUCGCCUGUAUUUUGGCCAUUUUAAUGUAUUGGUAUUGGAACCUUAUUCUAUUUCUAUUGUAGAUGGUUUAUUUUAAACUAGAAACCAAUCAUUUAAAUCAUUGCACACAUAUAAACCCACAUACACUGAACUGCUUUUUAAAUAUGUUUUGUUGACAUUUUUCAGGGAAAGUAUAAAUCACUGCUUUAAUAAAUGACUCCUUUAUGAACCAA